GUAAGUUUUGUAACUUUCAAAAUUUGAAAGGGCGCUUCCCCUUCCCAACAGGCGACAGAAUUCCUGGGCUCCCUUUCUCUAAGCCCUUAACCUCAAGUCUCCAUGGCCAAGCGUAGCGGCAAGAUUAACACCUAUGAAGAAGCUCGCAAGCAACGGCUCCGAGACAAUAAGAAACGCUUUGAGGAUUUGGGGAUUUUGAAGAUAUCCAAAAGCUUAUCAGAGAUAGCAAGCUCUGAAAAUAAGUCACCGCAACGCCAAACAAAAGCCAAACCCAAAAAGAGCCUUGAUGGAUUGGAGUUAAGGCGCUCUUCACGAGCAAGAAAUCCUGUCUCUUCAUAUUCAGAGGUCGGCGAUGUCACUCCAAAUUUGCGUAAGAGAUCAAGGUCAAAUUCUUGGAAGAGCUACCUCGCUAGACCUUUUGAUGAAGUAAAAAUGGCAUCGUAUGAGGAACGAUUCCAUGCUAUUGAAAGUGCAGAAAAGAUUCGAACUAAUUUGCCAUCUGGAAAUCCAUCUUUUGUUAAAUCCAUGGUUCGGUCUCAUGUGUAUAGCUGCUUUUGGCUGGGUCUUCCGUCAAGUUUUUGCAAGAAUCAUCUUCCCACUAAGGAGCUGAAGAUGGUAUUGGAGGAUGAGAAAGGCUCAGAGUAUGACGCUAUCUACAUUGGAAGUAGAUCAGGCCUUAGUGGUGGGKGGAGAGGUUUUGCAUUGGAUCAUAAAUUGGAUGACGGGGAUGCUUUGGUCUUUGAAUUGAUUGAGCCAACAAGAUUCAAGGUUUACAUUGUGAAAGCCUCAAGGCAGCCGAAGCAAGAAAACACUGCAGAAAUUGAUAGAAAAGUUAAUUCUAGAGUACACUCACCAAAGAAUGCUGUGAAAGUAAAUGAGAACGUCUAUUCUAAGGCAAAAUAUUCAAGAAACUUGAAGAAAGCCGAAGAAGUAGAUGAGAAUGGUGCACAAUCUUCUCCCCAUAAUUUCCAAAAGAAAGAAGUAGCAAAGAAAGUAGGAUUUUUCAAGAGUGACAAUGAAUAUGAUUCUAGAAAGCUUCAGGCAGAAGAUUGGUUAGAGGUUGCUGCAAGUGACAAAGAUUCGAGUCCUCGGAGUCUCCAACAAGGUGGUCCUACAAGGCUCUUUAGGAAGAGAGGUCCUUCGACAAAGUUAUUUAGAAAAAAAGCUUUUUAGGUAGUUUACUUGUUUUGAUAAAAAAGAAGAAAGAAAAGCAAAAGGAGUUUUACUGAUUUUUGAUACCGGUUGUAAAACCUUACAUAUUUCUUAACAUGGUUGGCAACCAUAGCAACUGUCUAAUUCCGAUAUACUGCCUACAAAAUCAUAGGACACCUUUGGAUGUGAUUGCCUGACCAUUUUCUUAUUGUUGAAUAUGAGGAUGUUUGCGUGGUUUGAUUCAA